GAUCGAGAUAGUUUGAUGGAUACUUUGACUGCGCUGGGAUCGGCUUACAUAACCCAACCCGCGGUGUCCGACUCCGCUAAAUUUCUCCAACUCCGAAACGAUAAGACCAAAACUUCAAGGAGCUCCCCAUUUUCUCUUUCACGAGCUUCAUCAAGAGAAAACUUGCAGUGACUCCUUUCAAUUGUCCAGUCACGUCUUAAACAAAAUGUCGAUACACCUCACCGUCCGCCGCACGGGCAGUGCAGCCGCCGGCACAUCCUCGAUCUUGUCCACUCCCACCUUCAUCUGCACUCAAUGCCGACAUGCCACUCUGCUACGCAGACCGAAGCGUCCGUAUACGUUUACUCAGCUGAUCACUCUUUCUGACGGAAGCACUUUCACGCACCGCACCACCUCCCCGCUCCCUGUGUACCGCUCGACUCGCGACACGCGCAAUUCCCUACUCUGGAACCCGUCCAGCACGAAGCUGAUGAACGUCGAGGAGGACGAGGCCGGCCGAUUGGCCGCUUUCCGAGCCAAGUUCGGUCGAAGCUGGGACGCAGCAGCGCCACCGGCAGAGGAGACGGAUGGCAAGGUGCAGACCAGUGAGGAAAAGAAGAAGGCUGAUGCAGAAGCUGCUGCUCAGGCGGCCCUGGAUGAGGAGGAGGAAGACAACUUGCUGGAUCUGAUCAGCUCUUUUGGUCAGGAGCAGCAGCAGGAACCGGCUGGGAAGAAGAAGAAAUAAGUGCUGCGGGAUCCGUGAGGAAGAAGAAAGAUAGUUGGAGUUGGAUCAUACAUGGUUCCAUGAUCGAUACACCCACUCUGGGAUGGUUCAUGAUCAAUAGAGCCGGACGCAUACCCACUCUGGGACAGAACCAUUGAUU